UGGAGGUGAAUGUUUUGAUUUCAAACACCCUUUUUUUGUGGAGUAAACAAAGACGUACUGACUGACCUAAAUAGGCUAACCAACUCUGUCGUCUAAAAUAUGUCUAAACUACAGUCGUUGCGUGUGUUUUUAAAUGAUCGUUUAACCGCGGCUGCUGUGGAGAUUUUCGGUGCAGUUGAGAAAACGGUAGUGGAGUACCAGGAGGAGAAUGAUCGGCUACGGAGACUGCUGCGGAUCACACCAGAGAUACAACUAUGUAGAAGAGACUCCCUGCAGCUCUCUGCCCCUGAAGAGGAGGUUCCCCCUGAGCAGCAGCACUGUGAGCAGGAGUGGAGCCCCAGUCUGGAGCAGGAGGACCCAGAGACCAAACAGAUUAAAGAGGAACAGGAGGAAGUCAGGACCAGUCAGGAGGAAGAGCAGCUUCAAGGGCUCUUUGAUACUAAAGACUCCAUAUUCACUACUUCCUGUGUGAAAAGUGAAUGUGAUCUGGAGAACCCAUGUCAAGAAGCCGUAGUAGCUGAACACCCAACUCUCAGUCCACUGAAAACGUCUAAACUACAGUUGUUGAGUGUGUUUUUAAAUGAAUGUUUAACGGCAUCUGCUGCUGAGGAGAUUUUUGGUGCGAUUGAGAAAACGGUAGUGGAGUACCAGGAGGAGAAUGAUCGGCUACGGAGACUGCUGCGGAUCACACCAGAGAUACAACUAUGUAGAAGAGGUUUGUACAUAGAUCUACUGAUAGUUAGCAAUAGUUAUAGUAAAUUAAUAAACUGUUUGGGCUUUGAUCACCAUUUCAAAAAAUGUAAGCAUUUUAAUUAAUUUUUUACGCUGAAUGGAUGAUAAUAGCCACGACAUGUCAAUGCUUGGACAACCUAGGUUUUAAUGGAAAGAGA